AUGCCAGUGCCAGCGUUGCCCCUCGAACUCGAGAAAGAAAUUAUUAUUCUCGCUAUUGAUUGCAUACAGCAAGCUUACUCCCUUCUGUUUGUUUCACAGUGGAUACAUUAUUGUGAUUUCACUCGAGGGGCUGUGCAAUCACUGUGCAUUGAGGGCGAUGUACUUCUGAGCACAGCUGCAGAUAUCCUUUCGCUGUGCAGUGGUACCACCAAUCUUGCAUUAUGGAUUGCACCAUCAGACUUCAAUGAAACAACAAAUCCUCUGCUGCGGCCCUUGAAUGACCUCCCCCUAACAUCAUUAUUGCUUAGUAUAUCCUUGAUUUUCCAUUACACCCAAUUUGUCUCUCUUUCCACUUUCAAGGCCUUCAGUACAGUGACAUGUCUUGAAAUUCUCAAUGCUUGGGUGCUAUGGAACUCCACAAGGACUAAGCCAGAAUUAGUGGCUUCCGUUCUCACUUUGUCACACCUUCAAGUAGUUGUGUUUCGCAUCUCCGAAGAUAUUGAGGCAGUCCAAACAUUUUUGGAGUCUAAUUCCCUCAGCGACUCUCACAUCGUGCUGGCAUCUCAAAUUCCCACUGCCUGGGGUGAAUUUGGAGGUGAUGACAUGUCUCUCUGGAAGGGUGCUGAUCAAGACUGGGGACAGGGCAAGAAAUGGGCUCGAGGCAUGAGUUUAGGGCUGCUGCUGCAGUGGAUUCAUGUAUCAAGGCUGAAAGCAGCCCAGGAGCGAUCAUCUGCUCUUGCAUUUUACAUUUUGCAAGCUUCACGGGUGUGGCUGACUUACGGUAUGAAACUGGUGAUGGUGCCUGCACCUGCACCGUCUUUUGGAUGGAGCCAUAGUGGAAUGCGAGUCACUGCCCAGCUGACGGGAUAUAUCGGCAAAUUGGAAUGGAGUUACGCUGGAAUGAUCGAGAUUAACAUAGUGAGCCUGAGGAUCGUUGGGGAUGGGGUAUCCUGCAGCGGAUGGUUGAUGAGACAAGUAUGCCAUGCUGGAUGGUUGCCUAGUGAGGUGACUGUGGUCCUCUUGAGGGUGUUGAGCAUUGAGGGCAGGGGAUGCAUUGUGAUGUUCGAUCAUGGUUGGAAACCCAACACAGCCAAACCGGCGAGACAGCCAGCGAUACCACUUACGACUACAGUAGUGUUGACGGAGCCUGAAGAGCUAGCAGUUGAAGGAGUUGCAGAUGCAAUGGUUCCGGUACUGAUCACGAUUUUAGUUUGUGAUGUGGUUGAACGUGGACGUAGAGUGCGGAGUGACUGCCACUACGGGGGCAAGACACUGACCAUGGACAACACAGUUUGUGGGACUGGAGUUGAGGAGGUGGACGAGGUGGUAGUGCUGGAGGUGGUGGGCAUGUUCUCUCCUGCCAUCCUUGCCAUCAGCCUACAUACGUUUGGCGGACUUUGGGGGGGGGGAGUCUGUACAGACCUUACACAGCCCAGCUAUAUCCUUCAUGUCCUCCUGCCAAUGUAUAGGGCAUGCGAUCUCGGCUUUUCCGCCACCACAAGUUCUGACCACCGCUACAAAGGCGACCGGAAUGCUCUCUGGUUGAGUUUACAUGUUUUCCUAGAGUUCGUGCUGGUGCUUAUCUCAAGCCAGCACCGUUCAAUGAGUUUCAAAGCCAUUCUCCGGCAAGACAGUGAGUACUUUGAUAAUGACAAGAACAAUACUGGCGCUCUGACAUCAAGCUUGAGCAAAGCCCCCCCAAAGAUCAAUGGUCUCGCUGGCGUAACUCUGGGAGUGAUUGUCCAAUCUAUCACAACUAUACUUGCUGGUAUGAUCAUUGUCCUUGUAUAUGCUUGGAAGCCGGCUCUUGUCGGCAUGGCAUGCAUCCCUGUUCUGGUGUCCACUGGCUUUAAAUGUUUGUCGUUGUUCUGA